GCGAGAAAUAUUAAAACAAUAGGCACAUACAUACUUAUUGCUGUGAUUAGAUAGUGGAACCUGAUGAGAAAUACUUUUACUAUGGAAGACAUCCGUUUAUUGUUGUUUUCAGACGAAAAUGCAUCAAUAAUAAAUCGACAGCCUGCAAGAGAUGACGAUGGUUUUCCUGGAAGCAGAAGGCCAAUUCCAAUAUCUUUCAUCGAUUUGGAAACAUCUCAAACCAGCUGCUUCACUCCACUGCAUGGCUUGGAUUUCCUAAGACCACACAGCCAAUACGUUAUACAGCAAACCGUCGAGUUGCAAGACUUGCUUGAUGAAGCAUCGGAAAAUAGGUUCAACAUAAAAGCAGCCCGAGGAGAGACUUUGUACUCCGCAUCGGAAUCAUCAACCGGUUGCCAAAGAAGUUGUUUUGGAUCCAGCAGAUCUUAUAUCAUGAAAGUAUUCGACCCAUCGCAACAAAAAGUUAUGGAGUUUAGGAGACGUCUGGCCUGUGGUGCUUGCAACUUUUGGUUCUACUUACAGGAAUUAGAAGUAUGGGCAGAUCCUGGGGAAUAUUUGGGUGCCGUUAAACAAAACAUGGCAUUACUUAAAACAUCUUUUAACGUAUCAGAUAGAAAUGCAAACAUUAUCUAUAACAUUCAAGGACCUGAUUCCUUUUGCUGUCUAUUAGGAAAAAAUGAAAACUUCCAUAUUUACAAUAAGGAUGGUUCAACGCAAGUGGGCACUAUUAUUCAUCAGUGGGAUCAAUUGGAAAACUCCUAUAAUAUACAGCUUCAAACCCCUGAUAAUGCCACAACUAGACAUAAAGCACUUUUACUGGGUGCAGCAUUUCUUUUGGAGUAUAUGUAUUUUGAAAAUACCAAGAAAACUCGUGUUAGGUGCAUUUGCUAAAUGUCAGAUAGUAACAAAUUCUAUACAGGGUAAUAACUUAAAAAUUAUUUAAUAAAAAACAAUUGUAUAUAUGUUCAUGUUUAUUUAACCGGUUCUACAAAUAAACUCUAAAAACUAUUAAAAUUUAUAAUUUAAAAUAAUUUAAUAUGGGUACCUAGUAUGUAUGUCAACUAAACAACACAAAAUUUACAUAAUGGUUUUCAACUAGGCAAGUAUUAAAAAUGAAGCUACCAAAAUUGCAAUAAUAAAAUACAAAAAACAACAAAAACCGUACCCACACAGCUGUGUAGGUAGGGAAUUAAAUAUACAAAUAUAUUUAUUAUAACACAAGCGUCCUAUUUAUUAAGUAGGUAUACCUAUAGGAAUAAUUAAUAUUAAAAUGAUUUUAUUUACACUGUUUAAAAUUUACAACUGCCGUUUGAAAAUAUCUAUAAUAGGUAAUUUUAAAAUACGCGUAAUUCAAACAAGAUUACUAGCAGAUAUAUGUAUGUAAGGGCAAAAAAGUAACCAAGUACUAGUCAUAAUUAGGGGUGCUGGCUCCUGUAGGUACUAUUUUACAAGAAUCAAAACCAAUGUAUUUUUCAUAAUAUUUAACAAUUUAAGUUAAAGCAUUUUUUAAAAUUUGAGUGCAGAUUAAAAAAAAAAAUAUUUUUUAAUUAAAACAGUUUUGGUCUGAUUUUUGUACUACCUGUUUUUAUGCAUUAUUUAAUCCACUCGUUGGUGAAAUAUAAUUUAAAAUUGAUUUACGUUUAGUUUAGUUUAGAAGCAACAUACACACAUACUCGUACUACAACCGUAUUGAUGUUAAACACUGAUUUAACUAUAUUGUUAAUAUACAUAAGUAAACUAGAAUUAAUUAAUUAACACGAAAAGUGGACAGAAUUGUGUAUAAUUGGACAGGGUAGGUUUAGUAUUUAUUCUGUCAAUCGGAUGAUCCAUUUGACUGGACGACUAAACCACACAUUUUUAUUGAGUGAUCAACACACAAUCACUGAGCAAGAAAUAAAAACUUUAUAUAGACUAGAUAAUAUUGCAUAAUUUUCAAGUAGGUAUUUGAUUUUUUUUCUUCCCGGAAUGUUCUAAAAACUCUACCAUCUAUGAUAUAUCUACUUGACAACACCAAUUUGACACAAUUAGCCAAUUUAGCUACAAAUCUCUCGACUUAAAAAUUUAAGAAUAAUAUCUUUUAACACAUCAUCUUUAUAAAAAUAUAAUUUGUUAUGUAAAUGUGCCUACAAAAUAUAUAAUAGUAAUGUUGUGAAAGAAUGAUUUGUGCCUGUCCGUACUGCUAGCAAGUGUGAGGGAGCUCUCUAAAAUUUGUAGCUAAAAUGCUUGCUUGCACAAAUUGCAGUCUUAAAAUAAAAAUAAAAAAAUUAAAUAACGACUGUCAAAACUAUUGUGUCUUAAUUUAAUAUAUUUACUACACACAGAAUAGAUAAAUACUAUGUAUGUAUACUACUACUCUAUUACAGCUACAUUCUAGGUAAAUCUGUUGUUUUGCAGCAGCAGGUAGUAAGGUACUACAUAUAACAUACUUGUGAAGAACUGAAAAAGUGCUCUCAUCUAAUUAACCUAACAGCGAUAUCACAGAAAGAAAUGCUUACCUAAAAUAAAAGCUGAGAACGUAAAUGAAACAACAAAAUGGAAAAAUUUAGUAUUUAGUGCCCAAAAACCCGAUUAAAUACCUACAUAGAUAGGCAAGUGUCCUUGUUUAUAAAGCGGUGUGCAAUUGCAUAUUCAUAUGGUACAUACAUUGGCCCCAGCAGAUUCGUUUCGAUUCGAUCCGAUCCAUCCUGUCCACUGGGAGCAGUGUUGCCAACUUAGCGACUUUGUCGCCAGAUCUAGCGUUUUUAAGUUAGGCAAAAUUGAUAGAAGUGUGUUACAUCGUUGAAAAGAGAACAAUUCAUGAGCUGGCCAAAUAAUCAGAAAUAAAUUAAAGGCCAAUAUCUAAAGAAGAAGAAGAAGAGAACAAUUUUACCUAUUUUUUGAUGAAAAAAUCUAAGUUGGCCAUGAUAUCUCAAAUUUUAGGGCGUAGAAAAAAACAAAUGAAUGCCAUUAUCAUUACCUGUCAUUGCAAACAAUGUCAAAAUAUAAAGUUUCAAAUUGCUUUAAUAGUAAAAAAGUUGCUUAGAAAAUGAAUCUUUUCAUUGGCAAGGCAAAACACGAAUGUAAAGUGACAGGUCUGUGUGAAAAGAAAUUGACAGCAUCGUUUGACAUUCGUUUCAAAAUUUGGAUUGUAUUUGCAUAGGUAAGUACCUAAAUAUCAUUUAGAACACAAUUAUUUGUGUUUGUAUAAUAAAUUCUAAUUUUAAGUGCAUUUAUUUAAAUUAAGAAGGUAAUGUUUAUUGAUUUUAAGUAACUUAUACCUUAAAAAUUGAAAGAAUAAGAUGCCAAACGUGUUUUUAGGUUAUUUUGUUUUGUAUUUGAAUAUAAUAAAAAAAGGGUCGUAGAAAAAACGACUCUUGUGAGUCAAGUAUAAAAAAGUCUCUUUUCAACACUUGUAAAACAAAUAAUUAUUUGAAAUAUCCUAAACAACCCAAAAAAGUCCAGUCUAAAAUAGUUAACUAUUUUAGA